ACCGAUAGAAAUUUCAGUUCUUUGAUUCUUUCUGUCCUUGUUUUGACUGCGUUGUAUUCUCUUUAAUACCAAUUUUUACUAUGUUCAGGAAAUACAGGAAUUACUGUUGUAUUUGAAUUGAGCCAAGAACAGAGAACAAUUCUUGAAGUUGAAUUAAGCUGUUAAAAACCUUUUAACCGAUUUAAUUUGAUAUAUUAGGCAUACAAUAUCCAGCUCAUUUCGCUGCAGUCUGAUAUAUGACAAAGAGCAUAUAAUCACUACGUUCUAAUAUAUGACAAAACUUCGUGUAACUUCGCACCGGUGGCGGCACGAGCAGGCUCGGUGUAUUAAUUCUAGCGUUUAAAAGGUUAAGCCGCUCAAAUAUACAACUAAUAAGUGUAUAAUUUCAGUCAAUAAAUGAUGGCAACAGAAAGCUUUGGAGUUAUUAACGAUAUUGCCCAAGUUUUUCGCCCUUAUAUUCAAAACAUUUAUCAGGACCUUAAAUUGGGAUUAUGCAAAACAAAGGUUGAUAUCGAAAGAGUAUCUGGAUCUGCGGACGGAGCCGAAAGUCAGUUCCGAUUAGUUCUACCAUAUUGUUCUAAGAAAUUGAAAUGGGAAGUAAUCUUUGAUGCUUCAACUCCAUGGUUUGCUCCAGACUUUAGAUUUGAUGAUGAGUCAUUUCUGAAUAAUCUUGAUGAAGACUUUUUGGAGGAUAAAGUGCCAAGCCUUGCUAAGUGGAAUGAGAAUGAUCCUAAGGCUUUAAGUGGAGUCAUAUCAGAGCUGUUGAAUUUGUACAAGAUACACCAGAUUAGAAAAUUAAAUGAAGAUGAAAGUUCUCGAGCUUACUUUGAGUAUAGUGCCUUACUUGGGGAUGCACUUACAUCGGAAAAAGAUAUUGAAGUAUGGGUUGGGAGCCAUGUUGUUGAGUUCCUGAUAAGGCUGAAUGUUGACACUUCUCGAUUGCCAGAAUUAUUCAAUGAAAGUGUUGAUCAAAACCCUGGUAUUGACACAGCCCUGCUGCUUGUGAGAUAUCCUAAUUCUACCAAUGCAGAGUUGAUUUUGUCACCUCUGCUCACAAAAUCUCUUGGCAACAUAACAUUACCACCGAUGCAUCAGUCUGGAGUCUUAAUGGAUUAUGUCCCUAUGGUCACAGAACUAUUAAAUAAUAAAAUCCAAGCUCUUCUGAAUAAUGAAAAGCUAAAGAGGGAAUUACUGGCCCAGCUCAUUGUGAGGUACGAAGGGGCGGUGUUGGAGCACGAUGCUAACAACGCAGCGUUCCUGUUUGAAAUGAAUGACUUUCAUUGGAUAUUACAGAUAGAUAUAGGUGCAAAGUUCCCCGACAAGCCGCCGGUUCUUACGCUCAGAUCAGUAUACCACAGCAGUAAAGGCAAACCGAAAUUUAAAGUGCUCCCGUCCUGUCCAUAUAAUAACUUUGAAGGAUACAUUGAACAACAAGUUGAGAUUUUUAAGAAUGAAUGCAAAGGAUUAUGUUCUCAAAUUGUCAAUGUAGAAAAUUAAACUUAAUGUAUAA